GGCGCGGGCGCCGGCCGCCACCCGCUAGUCGAGUCGCGAGCGCCGCCGGGGCCGCGUCGAGUGAGUGCAGUGACAGUGCUAGUGCCCCGUGCCCGAACACGUCCACCGCCUGCGAGCGAGACAUGCUCGCGCGUCUCCUCUAGCACCCACCAAGCUACAACACAGGUGAUGCGGUGUGCGGGCGGGGUGCCGUCGCGGCUGGCGGGCUGGCGCGGCGCGCGCGCGCUGCUGCUGCUGGUGUGCUGGGGCGCGCUGUGCCUGGCGUGCCUGCCGCGCCUGCGCGCGCCCGGGCCCGCGCCGCCGCACGCGCCGGCGCGCCAGCUGCUGCAGUCGGACGCGGCCGCCUCCACGCCCGCGCCCGCCGCCACGCCCGCCGCCGACGCGCGCCUCACCGAGGACCAGCUGCGCGCCGACGCAGAGCGCCAGCUGCCCUCGCUGCCCCUCACCUACUGGCACAAGCACCGCAACGACAAGAACAAGUUCUACAAGUCCAAGGACUGCGCGCCCUUCCCCUCCGUCUUCGACCUCGAGUUCCACAACACCUACUGGCAGACGCUGCGCUCCAGCCAGGGCGUGUUCCACUUGUACGGCGCGUACCUUGACGCGCGCAACGCCUCGCGCAUCGGCCCCGCCGUGCGGCUGCUGGCCGUACACGACCGCAUCAAGCCCACGCUGCCCACGCACUGUCAGCUGUGGUUCGAGGAGCGGCCUGACCCCGUGGUGGUGCGUGUGCUCGAGUACAAGUACGUGUGGAACAGCAAGUGGGGCAACCACCGCGACGGCGUGCUGCAGCCGUACCUGCUAGCGUGCGUGCUGCCGGCGGACGUGCGCGCGCUGCGCCCCGCCGCCGUCUCGCUGGUGGAGAAGCCGUGCGACCGCGCCACCAACUGCCUGCGCGUGCACUUCGACGAGCCGCCCGACCGCGCGCAGAAGGAGUUCGCCGUCUGCGUCAAGGGGCUCGACUUCCAGCACGAGGACCUGUCCGUGCGCCUCGUGGAGUGGAUCGAGCUCGUGCGGCUGCUCGGCGCCGACAAGGUGUUCUUCUACGAGCUCCAGGUGCACCCCAACAUCAGCAAGGUGCUCGCCUACUACCGCGCGCGCGGCCUCGUCGAGAGCACGCCCAUCACGCUGCCGGGCGGGCAGCCCAACCUGCCGGGCCUGCAGCACAUGUACCUCAAGAAGAAGACGACGCACAAGCGGCAGAUGGAGCUGGUGCCGUACAACGACUGCCUGUACCGGCACAUGUACCAGUACCGCUGGCUGGCGCUACUGGACGUGGACGAGGUGAUCGUGCCGCUGCAGGACCCCGACUGGAGCUCGCUGAUGAAGCGCGUGGUGCCGCUGGCGGAGCCGGCGGCGGGCAAGCCGUCGCGCUCGUCCUACCACGCCUCCAACGUGUACUACCUGGACCAGCUGCAGCACGCGCACAGCUGGGAGCCGGGCGCGCCGCGCUACAUGCACAUGCUGCAGCACGUGUACCGCACGCGCAACUUCACCAAGCCCGGCCAGUACGUGAAGGCCUUUCACGAGACGGGGCGCGUGCUCACGCUGCACAACCACUUCCCGCUGGCGUGCCUGGGCGGCGCGUGCUCCUCGUACGCGCUGGACACGAAGCAGGCGCGGCUGCAGCACUACCGCGCCGACUGCGUGACGGCGCUGAGCAAGUCAUGCCAGGAGCUGCGCGCCGAGCCGGUGCGCGACGCGGCGCUGUGGCGCUGGGCGGACCGGCUGGUGCCGCGCGUGACGCAGGUGCUGACCGAGCUGGGCCUCGUGCCGCCCGAGCAGCGGUGACCCUCUAGUCCGCCGGCCGCGGCCGCGCCGGCACAUAACCGCAUCGCAGACUAGCCACAGUACGCCCCGUGCUCUAACUAUAUUUUUGUAAGCAUUUAUUUUCUAUUCCUAUUUAUUGUAUUUGUAAAUAGUUGAGACGUAGACGGUGACGUACUUGCGUUGUGACACAUUGUUUGUGAGUUGAAAGUGAAUAUUGCGAUAUUCGAGUAUUGUGCAUAAGUAUUAUAACCGCGUCCGCCGGGUGGCACCGGCGCGAUGGGCGGAAUCAAACGGACUUACCGAGUAGAAGAAGGGCCGCUUGCGCCGCGGGCCGCGCCCGGCGCCCGGACGCCGACGCCGCGUUCAGAACAGUCGAGAACAAAUGUAUGCCAGCAUUUUGUAUGCAGUUGAUUGGAUAGUUAGGUGAAUAUUGAAAUAGAUCCUAUAGCGGAACGGCAGGAGUUGAAAAUAAAGAGUAAAUCCUCGCA